UGCGCGCAGCGCUUAGCUGAAUACAUGUAGGUAUGUACAUAGAGCACGCGUAUGUGGGCAGCAAUGCUCGCACGCCGUCCUCCUAGCCGCAAUCCCCCUAUUAAACAAAAUAUAAUCAGCGAUACAAACUAUCAGAAGCUAUAUAUAAGACCACCAGAGACCCAGAGCGCGCUAGUUUCAUACGAGAAGAUCAUCCGGAGAACAUCGAGUAGCGCUGCAGCCGUUGAAAUGUGGCUCUCCAAGAAGAAGGGCUUGUCGCUUUUGCUCGCGGGCUUGUGCCUGUUUUCGAGCGCGAGCGCAGGGAUCGCGACGACGACGAAGAAGAAGCAGGUCUGCGUCGUAGGCGCAGGUGCGACCGGAUUGGCCUCGAUCAAGCAGUUCGCCGACAGCAGCGACGAGUUCGACGUCGUCGCGUUCGAGAGGAAUUCGGAGGUCGGCGGACUCUGGAUCUACAGCGAGAGCGUCGACCUGGACGAGCACAACCUGCCGGUGCAUAGCAGCAUGUACAAGUACCUCAGAACCAAUCUGCCCAAGGAGUUGAUGGCUUUUCCGGACUACCGCCAUUUCCACGGAGACGAGCGCAGCUGCGUCACGCACGAGACCGUCUUGGCUUACUUGAACAACUAUACCGAUCACUUCAAUCUCCGCCAGUACAUCAAGCUGAACACGAUGGUCGACAAAGUAACGCCGAUUUUGGGCGAGGGCGAUUCGACGACUACCAAGUACAGCGUCGAGAGCAGGGACCUGAACACCAACGAAACCGCCGAGACCAGCUGCGACGCUAUCGCGGUCUGCAACGGCCACUACUUCAAGCCCCGCAUGCCGAAGAUCCCGGGCAUCGAGACGUUCCCCGGCAAACUGAUGCACAGCCACUACUACAGAAAGCCCGAGGACUUUGCCGAUCAAACGGUCGUCGUCCUCGGCGCCUCGUCCUCCGGCGUCGACAUCAGUAUCGAAAUAGCCGAGCACGCCAAGACCGUCUACCUGAGCCACAACAAGGACAAAAUCAAGAGCCCGCUGAGCUCCAACCUAGUGCAAGUGGCCGGCGUGGUGAGCGCGAACGGCAGCGGCCUGAGCCUCGAGGACGGCGGCCUCAUCACCGCCGACACGUUCGUCUACUGCACCGGCUACGUCUUCAGCUAUCCUUUCCUCGACGAGAAGAGCGGCAUCGAGCUCCGGGACAACCACGUGCUGCCGCUGUACAAGCACCUCGUCAACGUCGAUCAGCCCUCCAUGGCUUUCGUCGGGCUGCCCCUACUCGUCGUCCACUUUCCUCUAUUCUACGUCCAAGCUCGCUACUUCGUCUCCCUGCUGCGCGGCAAGGCCAAGCUCCCCAGCCGCGAACUCAUGCUGGCGGAUGCGAACGAGCUGCACGGAAGGCCGGAGCGAUACGCGCACUUCCUGGGCGACGCCCAGUGGGCUUACAACGACGAGUUGGCCGAGGCCGGUGCUUUCGAGCGCCUGCCGAGCUACUACAGGAAUGGCUACCAGAUCUGGCACGCGUACAGGACGAAAAACGUACUCGGCUACAAGCUCAGCAACCUGCGCGUUCACGACAACGGCGACGUCGAGCUCGUGCAUCCCAGCCAAAACAACGGUUUGUUGGAGGGAGCUUGAAGACUGCAGCGCAACGCGCCGCGGGUCCGGAGUUUUUACUUUUUUAUUGCGACUAGUGCUCGCUUCGAGUGAAUAUAGUGUAAUACUGUACGUCUUAUAUAAAUAAAUUAAAAUGUACACUGUAUA